UCGCCCUCAAAGCUAUUUCCCAAUAGUCGUUUGGCCAAUAGCCAAUAUCGUGGCUCUUUGCUUCGGGCUUCAUAACUUGGAGCCUUAUACUUGACUCAAUUCCCCCAAGCUCUUUUUGGGAACUUUGGAUAUACGAACUUCCAACUCAACUGUUACUAUUGCCUCUUGCCUCUUGCCUCUCGCCUGUUCCGGUUCCCUGCAAGAAACGGUGCGGCUAAUUGCAGUGGAUGGUGGGAGUUGAUUCGUCCGCCUCGUUUUCACUACACUGAACAGAUUUUCUCAGACGGACACCCUUUUUAACAUUCACACAACUUUACAUUGGUGCCCACGAGACUUACGAGGCUCACAAACUAACUACCGUAACUUUUAAAAUAUACCCAGAGUAGCCAUAUCCUCCCAUGCCGCGAAUGCAUACGGCCUCUACUCCGCCGCCCCAGGCAUCGGGGUCAAAGCCUGGUGCGGGCUCUACGUCCUACCCGCCUCUACCAGCGUCGCCGACUCUGACUAACCCGGAUAUGAUAUUACCCGAUUACGAUGAUACUUUCUCUUCGCCGGAUAGAUCACAAUCCCCCUUGACAAUGUGGAAGAAUUCACAUAUUGCUCAAAUGGGCUUUGACCUGACCCCCCAGGCCUUCACCGGACCCGUCACUCCCACCACUCCCAUCACACCUAUCAUCUAUGGGAACGGAACAAUGUUGUCAGAUAUUGGCGAGGUCACCGAAGUCGAGAGCACUUGCCCGGACAAGCCGCGUCGAAGGCUCCCACGUAACGACGGCUCAACACAACAGGCUUCCAUGGGGCUCCACGAGACGUUACAGAAGAAGGAUUCAAAAAUCAAUCGCGAAAGGAGAUUGUCGAUGGAAUCAACAAGUACUAUCACUAUUAGUGACCACCCAGCUCCUUUCGCAGAUUUUGAUGAUGCUGUUAGUGUCGAUGACAGCGUUUUUCAAGGCGACGACGAAGAAAGCGUUGCCGACUCGUUUUUUGACGAGGCGUAUGCUAAGAAAUACGCUGCGCCAGUCAGGACACGUACAAAGUCUCAAGAAGACCGGUACUCGAAUGAGCUGAGCCGAAGAGCCGAGGAGAUUCUGGCAAAUGCCAAGCGGAGGUUGACGACCAUGGAAGGCAAUUUAAGUCGGGCACGCACAUCUCUCUACUCCCCAACAUCCGAUGGGUCAGGCUCGACACCCUCACCACCUAUAGCUAGACCCACUACUGCGAUCCAACGUGGCCAGCAUGAAAGCAAUAAUCGUCAGAGCACACAUGGGCACACCAGAAUAUCCAGCGAGAGCAAUAUCCCGACACUCCCACCCGAUAUUAUGAAGCCAGGCAUGUUCAUUCCGAGAUCUUCGAGUGCUUUAGGCGCGGCAGGUGGAUAUCGACCACCUCUCCACAGCCCCCUCGGUGCCGAUGCAGCUCAUGAAAGCGCGAAAAAUAGUUCGAGAGAAGGCCUAUUAUAUAGCAGCUCGAGUUUCGCCAGGAGUAAAACAUCGCUACAUGUGAGAGAGCAUGCGCUUGAGCCGCUAGACGAAGAUAAUGUCUCCGAGAGCGUGGGCUCUUCGAGGCCGAGCCUGGAAAAUUCUAGGUUUGAUACUUUCUUGAGCCCAACGUUCGGGUCUUACUCAGAGAAAGGGCUGAAGAGAUCAGCAUCAACGGCGCAGAUGCGAGAUCUGAAAGACCAAAUGAAUGAUCUGAAGGGUCGCUUGUCAACACUAAGAGACCAGGCUCGGGCAGAUAGUCUAAAGCGCAGGAGUCUUCAGAGCCUACGUACACCCAGUCCUUUCACGCAUGCUCGUGUUGAUCAGUGGUAUGUAGAUGGAUCUAAAAAUGAGGGCAGUGGCUCGGUCACCAGUGAAUCUAAAUCGCAGCUGUCAAAUGGUAUUGCCUUGAGUGUUAACGGGGGCGAGAGCAACUUGGUAGCCAAACAGAUGGCAGUUGAGGUUGAUGAACGAUUGGUGCCCAACGGACACUCAUAUUCUGAGGACGAGACCUCGGUGAAGUCAAACGAUAAUGAGAAAAUCGUACAUUCAAUCGAAGGCGAUAAUUCGUCGAUCCCCAAUUCGGCGGAAGACGACCUCGACGACAUGAGGACCGAGGAUGGCUAUGAGCAAGAUGAUAAUGAGGUGGAGCUGGAAGAUGAUGAAGAUUUCGAAGCAGAAGAACUCACCGAGUCAGUGAUUGGAAGUGAGGAAAGCGAGGAGGAUGUAAUAGACGAUGGUGCGAGCGAGAGUGAUGCAUCUUCGUACUACGAUACCCUUCAAAACCAACUAUCUCACGAAGAUCGUGAAGAUGCCUUCGACUACGAACACUUUUUCCUACACAGUGCAAUGGGUAGCAUGAGCCGGAAGAAAAGGAGCGAUAGCCAGGGCAGCUUUAGCUCCGAAGAUUCGGUGGAAACAACUCGAGGACCAGCUGCAUCUGCUAACGCGAGACCGGCUCGUUCCCGUAGAGCUAGUGUGGGUUCCGUCUCGUCGGUGGAAUCAUUUGCAACGGCCACGGAGGGUAGGAGCACAAGAGCAGAAAAUGAAGCUGCGGAGGUAUAUCUCGAACAUGGUGUGAUAGUGCCCAAGCGCUCUUGGGCCCAUACACCGGAUAUGGCAAGACGGUCCGGCUUUUCGACCGCCGAAACGAGUGAUUCCGGUUCCGACAAGAGCCGGUUCCAACCGGCGAACAUCCGUCGGCCGCAGAGUAGUGCUGCAGCAUUUAUGCAUCGGCCCUCGGUGUCAUCUUUUGAUUCCAGCAAAACCCACAGAAGCUUCCCCCUAGUCAACAAACCGAAGAUCAACGGAGGCAUCCUGACCCCUCGAGAUUCACCAGAUCGAGACUUGUCACAAAUAUCGGAGAGUCUGAUGGACGAGACCUUCCACAGCGCCCAGAGUGAUGAUAGUAAGGCAGUUUCUAUCGACAUGCUGCAGAAGGACGACCGAAUACUUGUUGAUCGACUAGUCGCGAGUCUUGGUCAAUGCGUGCUCGGCCUAGGUGAAUCUGGACGUGGUUCACCCGAUUACCGAGCGUACCGAAGGAAAAUUGAGGCGGCUCGUCGUGCCUUGGAGAGCUUGGACGAGUCCAUGUAAUUUUUAAUGUCUAUCUACUUACCCGAUUAGGCGUUUGCGGAUUAUACCAUUUGACGGGCGUGCGUGUGCUUAUCAUUGCGCAAAAGGAUUUUGGAGUCUUAAGAGUUUU